AUGGAAUAAGAAGAAGACCCUUUUGAAGCAAUCAACCACAUUUAGAAUUAGUAUUAUGUACAAGGUUAUUAAAAAGCUAAAAAUGAUAAAGAAUUAGAACAAGCAGCUGAAAAAAAGUAGUAUUAUGAUCAAGGAUUUAUAACAGGAAAGCAAUUAGGUUUGGAAUUAGGAUACUAUUGCGGGUAUAUUGAAGAUCUUAAAUAAGUUCUGCCAAUUUUAGAAGAAUAUAAAAAACACUAGUAAAAAGUGGAUAAAUUGAUAGAAGAAAUUGAACAAAUAAUUUUGAGCAUAGACCCAGAAUAAGGAAAUGUGGAUUUAGAUGAACUGCCAAAUACAAUUUUAGUCUUGAGAAAUAAGUUUAAAAUAUUGCUUCUUUCACUAGGAUUUAAGAAACCUGACUUUAAUUUUAGCGACUAACAAAAUACAAAUUAAGUUGUCCAAAAUGAUAAUUUUUCAUUUUGA